GUAUGUCAACACACGUAGUUAGUAUCUGGAAGUUUUUGGAUAUUUUUUCACUCACUGACUGGAAAAAAACUCGCCACCUCUUCAAGCUGUUGGGUACCUGAGAGGCAGCAGUACCGAUAUCUGAAGAAUGGGGAGAGGUAGCGAGCCUGGUCCGGUCCAAAUCGUGACUGUUAGCAAGGAGGACCACUCGUUCUCUCUGGACACCGAGGCGCUGGAGCGCGUCCUGCUCGCGCCGGAGGUUCGGGACAAGCAUGUGGUGGUGCUGUCUGUCGCGGGUGCCUUCCGGAAAGGCAAAAGCUUCAUCCUGGACUUCAUGCUUCGGUACAUGUACAGGAAGUCUGAAAGCAACUGGCUGGGAGCAGAGGAUGAGCCCCUCACCGGUUUCUCCUGGAGGGGAGGUUCGGAGCCGGAGACCACAGGCAUCCAGCUCUGGAGUGAGGUCUUCCUAGUGGAGAAACGUGACGGCACUGAGGUUGCAGUGGUGCUGAUGGACACCCAAGGGGCAUUCGACACCCAGUCUACAGUGAAAGACUGCGCUACCAUCUUUGCCCUCAGCACCAUGACUAGCUCCAUGCAGAUCUACAACCUUUCUCAGAAUAUCCAGGAGGAUGACCUGCAGCAGCUCCAAUUGUUCACAGAGUACGGUCGUCUUGCCAUGGACGAAAUCUUCUUGAAGCCUUUUCAGUCCUUAAUGUUCCUUAUUAGGGACUGGAGCUUCCCCUAUGAAUAUUCUUAUGGAUUUAAAGGUGGCAGUGACUUCCUGGACAAACGCUUGCAGGUGAAGGAGGCCCAGCAUGAGGAGCUGCAGUCGGUGAGGGAGCACAUCCAUUCUUGCUUCACCUCCAUUUCCUGUUUCCUGUUGCCACACCCAGGGUUAAAGGUGGCCACCAGCCCCUCAUUCCGGGGUCAGCUUAGCGAUGUGGCCCCGGAGUUCAAGGAAGGCCUGCUUACCCUCAUCCCCACGCUGUUCAAGCCAGACAACCUGGCUGAGAAAGAGAUCAAUGGCAACAAAGUCACCUGCAGAGGACUUCUAGAGUACUUCAAGGCAUACAUCAAGAUUUACCAAGGCGAGGACCUGCCCCAUCCCAAGUCCAUGCUGCUGGCUACAGCAGAGGCAAACAACCUGGCGGCGGUGGCAGCGGCUAAAGACCUCUAUUACAGGAACAUGGAGAAGACGUGUGGGGGAGACCUGCCUUAUGUCGCACCGGACUCCCUAGAGGAGAAGCAUUGCUUUAUCCUUAGGGAAGCACUCAAUCUCUUCAUCUCCACCAAGAAGAUGGGGGGUCAGGACUUUUGUGACCGCUACUAUGCCCAGCUGGAGGCGGAGCUGGAGGAGAUGUGGCAGUCUUUCAGCAAGCACAACGAGUCCAAGAACGUCUUCAGCGCAUUCAGAACACCAGCAGUGCUCUUCGUCCUCGUGUGCCUCCUGUAUGUGCUAUCCGGCCUGCUUCUCUUCAUCGGGCUGGCCAGCGCGUCUACCUUAUGCGACUUUCUUCUCUUCCUGGCCAUGAUUGCGAUGCUCACCUGGGCUUUCAUCCGCUACUCGGGCAAAUACCGCGGAGUAGGUGGUGCAAUAGACCAGGCUGCUGGAGUAUUACUGGAGCAGGCAACGGUUGUGUUGAACAAGUCUCGCACUCCAGCGGUGAUCCAUGGGAAGAAGUCUAGCUAAGUUCCCAAUCCAAACAUAAAUAAAACAACAGAACAGAUCAUAACUUGACCCUCGGCAGCAAACAACACAAAGACCGAUAAAGAACAAUGCCGUUAACCAGCUCUUUGUUACCUUCGCAGGGCACAAAGCGCUACGUACGUUACAAUAACACAACCAGCACAAUAUUAUUACACCAGCACAACAGCAUGGUAUCCCAGAGCUUCAUCCAGCUUUAAAUAUUAGGUCAAGGUGUGUUGCAGGGCUCUGACCCAGAGGCCGACCAAAGAACCUGCCAUUCAUGCCGUUACUACUAUGCAUUCACAUCGUGCCUUUAGCCUUUCCUGCUCGUCAGAUCACGUGCUUUUAUUUACCGAAAAGUUAAAGUUUGGAUGAAUGUUACACUUUGAAGCACCAAACAUGUAUCUGUUAGCGUUGUGAGGACCACCUGCUGGGUGGGUUUUUGUCUCGUCUUUCGUUAUUCACACAAAUCUUUACAGUCUGUCAGAGAAAUAUAUGGAAUUAUAAUGAAGCCUGUAGGUUCCCCCCACACCCCCCCCCCGGGUAAGACCACUGUGUGGAUUUCAUAUUACAUGCUUUUUCAGGGUAUUUAUGUUAAGGUCCCCUGGUAUUGUACACAUUGUGCCUUAAUCUUUAUUAUGUAAGAGUCCCCAGGGGAAUUAUCAGGUGCUGGAGAGUUUUUUUUUUUUUUUGCCAUUUAUUAUAUCACAGCUUUUGCAGUAUGUAUUUUUCUUUUUUGCUUAAUAUUGUUUUGUCACCUUAGUAAUUCUUUUCAUUUUUGUUUUUCUGCCCGCACUCAGUUUUUCCUAGAUCUUUCCCACUUCCAAGAUUCUGUAAAUGGUUUCAUGGCUUUUGCAGCGUGCAUACAUUAUGAUGCCCAGAGCGUCCUUUUGAAUUGUCCUGUAUUUGAAGUUGUCUCUGCUCCAGGUCUCUUCAUUCCUCUUCCAAAGACAUUCCACUCGGCGUUGUUUAGUGAGCUUUGUUUCAGGUCUUUAAUGUAUAAUUUUUGAUCUCUGUCUCUGUGUUGUUCGGGUAAUGCGCACACUGAAAAUUUUUGUUGAUUUAGUUUGUGGAAGAACAAACUGACUGUAAAAGUUGUCUUGGUGACUGAGGAAAGAAGGAUUUAACAUAAAAUGUCCUUAUGCGUAACAGACUUUGUAUCUGCGUGUUACUGGAAUGUUACAAACUAAUUGCGUGUUGUUAUUCUGUGCUUUGCAUCCCGCAGCACAUGAUAUUCCAGUGUCCGACUUUGUUCUUCGUACCUUCUGCACUUUUCUUCCCUUUUUGUACUGUUAAAUGUCCAAAAUAUUAUUCAUUCCAGCAAUAAAAUAUAUUUUUGCUUUAAAUUUAUAUACUCAUAUUUCAUUUAUUUCACUGC